AUGCAGAUGUCGUCGAACGAGGACAUCCUUCGAAAAGCCCUGCUCGCCAUCGCCUAUACCCGAGCUGGGCGAAACCGCUCCAACAAACCAUGUAUCAUUGAAGGUCAUCGGUAUUAUGGGGAGACUUUGCGAUUGAUGCAGCAGAUGCUCUACGAUCCCAUGCUCUCGCACAGCGACGAAGUACUGGCUGCAGCACGUUGCAUGUGCCUCUACGAAUCAUUCGAAUCUACGACUGGCACUAUGGCAUCCUGGAUCAAUCAAAACCGAGGAAUCGCCCGAAUGCUUGAGGUCCGUGGACCGCGGAACUGUCGAGAGCCUUUCCCUCGCGCCGUGUUGGAAUCUGUGCGCCAGAACAUGAUGAUUGUCGGCAUUAUUACACGCACACCGUGCUUUCUCGAGCAAGAGGAUUGGCGUACCCAGCCUUGGAUAGGAAUUUCGCCAAAGCCACUGGACCAGCAACUUUACGACUAUGGCUUUGUUCUUGCGACAGUUUACCAGGAGGGAGGAGCGAUUAGUGCCGAUCAGCCCGCCUCGUGGAGAGUCUACGUCGACAUCUUCACGAAAGUUCACGACGCAUAUCAGGCCCUUUCGCAACUGAACGAGGAAGUCUCGAAGAUCCAUGAUGGCACAGAUCACUUACUAUCAACUCCACUCCCGGUCGUCAAAGCAUUACUUCUCGCGCUCGACCUCUGUUUCUCGUUGUUCGCGAAUGCUCUUCUGCCAACCUGCACCCCAGAGAUUGUUGAAAGCCACCGAGAGGUUAUCGGGCAGCUUCUGGGCUACGCGCAAGAUUCACGAAGGCAGCAAUUGGCCCGUAAGAUAAUCCAGCAUUUAUCAAGCUGCCUCCGGACUGAGCCAGUCUUCGUGAUGACGAUGAUGCUAUUCCCCCUCAACUGUGCCAGAUUCGAGCUCAAAGACAACGAGGGGGACAAGGACAGGGUCAACAGCCUGAUGAGUGCUUUGGAGACGGGAAGAGGUCAUCGGAUAACGGGUAGUGUAAGAAGAGCCGGCCAAAGUCUAGCCCCGCCAAUAGCAAGGAGCAGCAUGUUCUCGCAGCAGACCACAGCAGACGGAUGA